AUGGCGUAUUACAGAGAAUAUGACAAAGUUUAUUCUAAAGAAGCGGAAGGAGUUCAUUAUGCAAAUUACAUUCUUCUCAUUAUCAGCUGGAUUUUUACGAUAACGAUGAUUCUUCUUCCUCGAUUUGCUUGGUUCAACCCUGAUAUGGGAUCUGGUAUUUUUGGAGAAUUCAACGCGAUGAAAGGGCUGUUCUGGGAAUGCGGUACUGUCAGUGAUAUGAACUUUGUCUGCUACUACAUCGCGGAUAGUAUGUUUAAUAUUCCGACAACACUGCUGGUGCUACAAGCUAUGAUUUGCAUGGCUUUUGUUAUGCUGACUGCUGUGGCGGUUUUGGCAUUUCUUGGUAUGGAAUGGUCACGAGCUUAUGAGCAUGAUAUCGAAAAGAAGAUCAAUAUUAUGAGACUUUGCGGUGCCCUGAUGAUCCUUGUCGGAAUUUUGACAUUCGGAACAGUCAUGUGGUACGGGAUCACGAUCGAGCGGGAAUUCCGCUUUCCAAAUAUGCCCGAUAAUAUAAUGACUGUACAUACUGAUAUCGUCAGAUAUGAAUAUGGAGCCUGUUUGUACAUGGGAUUUGCCUUGACGCUAAUUGAUUUCAUUUGCGCUUUCCUCUUCAUCAAAUACCCCGGGUCAAUCGAGAACGAAGAUGAAGUAGAAUCAAGAAUUUACGAGGAAAAGAACGAUUUGCCGACUUAUACCGUUCCAGCGCUAGAAUAUGCGGCACCAACUUUCAGCGAAAGAAAAUUCGACAGAGAUGACUUCGACAAACCAGUUCAUUAUCAGCCCGCCACGCUGACCUCUCCUAAGUCGACCAAAUCUCGUGUCAAAUCUCAACGUUCAUUACGCCGAUCAAAACCUGGCUCGAUAGUUGCUAAAGCUCCUGACUUUGUUUGA